AUGCAAAACGAUUGGAUUAAGAGCAUCAGACAGGGAAUAAAUGAUUUCAAAUGGCUUCCAUCAAAAAAUGCAAGAAUAUGCAGUGACCAUUUCUGUAAUAAAGAUUAUAAGGGUUAUGAUGGAGAAAGGAAGGUAAUGCUGAAGGGAGCAUUCCCAUGUUUUCAAGACAUUAAAAAAGUAAUCUUGUCAUACCUGUUCAAUAAUUUUAAUAAGAUUGUUUUAAAUAACUAUUCUCAAUGUCAUUUUAUUAACACUACAUUAAAAGGUGGCUACAAAACAUUGAUGCAAUAUUCCGAAAUUAGUAAAUAUACGAUCGUAACUUUUGACUUGGGCGAUAAAAAAUCACCCUCCAAUUUCCCUCCGAAACGCUCCUCAAUGAAUUUUGAAAACAGAUGUGUCUUGAGAUCCGUUCUGAACUUCGCAAGUGAUGGAGAAGUAGUCAGAGAAGUAGGUAGAGAGUUCCAGAGAAAAGGACCAGAAAAAGCAAAAGCAGAUUUGGCAAAAGAGUGUUUAACACGAGUUAAGAAAAAGCGAGAACAAGAAGACGAUCGUAAACCGGGGCGUUUAGAAGGAUUAAGUUUAAGACACAUAGAGUCAGACCAAGCAAUAAUUGAAGAAAGACAUAGAGAUAAAUUAUGA